CACCUCUCUCUCUGAUCAAACCAGUAGUCCCUCAGCCACUGAACAUGGCCCUCGAAGCUCUCAACUCGCCCACCGCCGCCGCUCCCUUCGGCCACGACGACGUGGACAGCCACCCCUGGGCCAAGCGGAAGCGCUCGAAACGGCCCCGUGUGGACCCGGAGAGCCCGCCCUCCGAGGAGGAGUACCUCGCCCUCUGCCUCAUCAUGCUUGCCCGCGGCGGGGAGAGCAGCGGUCAGCCGCCGGAGGCUCCGAGCGUGAAGCUCUCCUACAAGUGUUCCGUCUGCGACAGGGCCUUCCCUUCCUACCAGGCCCUCGGCGGCCACAAGGCCAGCCACCGCAAAUCCUCCUCCGAAGCCGCCGCCUCCUCCGCCGCCCCCGCGGCCGAGAACCCCACCUCCUCCUCCUCCGCCGCCGUGGCAGCCGUCGGCGGUAAGCUCCACGAGUGCUCCAUCUGCCACAAGACCUUCCCCACCGGCCAGGCCUUGGGCGGCCACAAGCGGUGUCACUACGACGGCGGCAGUAGUAGCGGCGGCGGCGGCCCCGCCACCGGCUUCUCUUCCUCCGAAGCAGGAGGCUCGAGCCACAUAGCCGUCAGCCACCGGGAACCGAUCGACCUGAACCUGCCGGCCUUGCCGGAAUUCUGGGUCGGCAUCGACGAAAGCAGCGAUCUGGACCCUAAAAGUCAACCCCCCGGCGAGCAAGAGGCGGAGAGCCCUCUUCCGGCGAAAAGGCCGAGGUUGUUUCUGGAUCCAGAGGAUGUGGGGUCUCCCCAAAGAUGAUUUCCGACAUUUACGUGGAUUACAAAGAUUACCCUUUACUUCAUUGUUCAUUUUUUUUCCUUUUUUUAAGGAUUAUUUGUUCAUUAGACUUUUGUUUUCAGCUAGGGUUCGAUCUGAUUGUUCUGUACAGCAAAAGAAACUGACGAUUGUCAUUUGUGCAAAUUCUUGCAGCCCCUCUUGGCUGAUCAUUAUCAAUUACUUGUCACUGAAUAUUCUUUCAUUCCUUGAAUGAAUAAAAAUCACAGAAA